AUGAAGCUGUGUCUUCUUCUUCUCUUGCUUGGUCUCUGCUGUCUGGGACUGACUGAUGAGCUCGCUCCAGCUCCCGAUGUCUCCAGUCUUGUAGCUGAAGAGGAGGAGGUGGAUGAGGAGCUUCCUGGCUGUGGAGGAGGGCGGGUGUUCAGCCCCGAGGACCACAGGGCGAUAGGGGGCGCCGUAGAGCGACUGGGUCUACGGCUCCUGGAGAAGCUUCUUAUUGGUCCCCAGCAGCCAAACGUCGUCCUGUCGCCUCUCAGCGUGGCCUUGGCCCUCGCUCAGCUCACCUUGGGGGCUCGCAAUGAGACGGAGAAGCUGCUGCUGGAGAGCAUUCACGCUCUCAACCUGCCAUGUUACCAUCACAUACUGGGAGGCCUUCUAUCCCAGUUCAGCAACACAUCGCUGGAAGUGGCAACACGCAUGUACCUGAGGCCAGGAUUUGAAGUGAAGUUGUCUUUCGUUGAGGACUCUUUGGCCAGGUACAAAUCAGCCCCGGCCCCUCUGGUCUCUGUGGAGGAGGUCAACCAAUGGGUGGAGAACGCCACCAAUGGUCACAUCCCCAACUUCCUGGAAAGUAUUCCACAUGGCGUGGUGCUCAUGCUCAUGAAUGCUGUGCACUUCAAAGGUGAAUGGCAGACACGAUUUGACCCCCUGGUGACCUCUAAGGGAGUCUUCUACCUGGACAACCAGAACUCUGUCUCGGUGGACAUGAUGAAGUCUGCUCAGUACCCUCUCCGCCUGCUGGACGAUCCAGAACUGGAAGCUCAGGUUGCCAGUUUUCCUUUCAAGGGAAACACGAGCUUCCUCAUCGUCAUGCCCUUGUCCGGCAGAGGAAACGUCUCAUACCUGCUUCCCAAACUGAACAUCUCGGACCUUUACAGACGCUUACCUCAAGAGAAAACAAUGCAGGUCAACCUACCCAAGGUGAAGCUGCAGUACCGCCAAGAGCUCCAGGAGGCGCUGACCAGCAUGGGCCUCGGAUCUCUGUUUUUAGGUCCGGACCUUUCUGGAAUCUCCGAUCGGCCACUGAGGGUGACGGGUGUCCGCCACGCCAGCGCCGUAGAACUGAGCGAGGAAGGCGUGGAGGCGUCCGCCACCACGGUCGUGACCUCCAUGCGUUCCGUCUCCCAAUUCUCCGUCAACUCCCCCUUCCUCUUCGCCCUCGUCGACGACGCCUCCCUGGCGCCGCUCUUCAUGGGCGUGGUCACUAACCCCGCCCCUGACCGCGACCUCAUGCUCAACGACGACCCCGGUCGCAACGGCACCAUGAGCGACCAGCCUCUGGCGGACGACAUCGGGAAAAGAGACAAAGACAGCGACACAGAGCCGGGCGGCGCCCCCGCUGGUGGGAGGCAGCAGCUACAGAGUGAGGACGGACCGGACGGGAAGACGGAGAAGACAACGUCCUCCCAACCAUGA